UCCGAAGAAAGGCUGGUUGAGUUGACACAGACACAGGAAUGCACUUACAUUAAAACAUCUCGACACAUCUUCGUCACGCACGCACACACGCACCUGCAUGGCAUGCCCCUACGUGGCAUGCCGCAUACGUUAGUGAGGCCUGCGGGCCGGGCCCCUUCCAUCCUUGCUUCCAUCGUCUGCUGUCUUCUACCCUACCAGCGUGUGCAUGAUAAGAUGGCCUACCGAAUCAUCCACACACGACGCCUCAGCUCUCCUGGCCUCGCCUCGCCUAUCUAGCCACUCUUGCAUCAUGCACUCAGAGGCAACUCGGCAGCCAUCCUCUAGCUGUCCAUGCCGUGUCGGCUCGUACAAAUAUCAAAUUGCUGGUCUCGCUGGCUGCGCCGCACACUCACACACGCAUACACAAACACGCGCACAUGCCCGCCCGCCAGAUGAUAGAAAAACGACCUUGUCCCCAUACAUACACAUCAGUUAAACCGAUGGAUGGAUGCCGGUGGGCUGUGGCUGGCUGGCUGGCUGGCUGUCUGGCUGGCUGGUCGUGCGCAUGAGUGAGACAGAGAGAAGGGGAGAGAGAUAUGGGGAGGGGGAGGGGGAGGGGCGAAUGGGUACAGCACACGACUACUAUGAGCCGACUCCAUUGUUGAGAGUGCUCGUCGACAGCUUAUCCAGGUCAAGCUCUACACACAGAAUAAACCCAUACACACGGACAAAUAUAUGCUCUCUCGCUGGCCGGGUGCCCGGCAGGGCAGGGCAGGGCAGCGCUUGCCUGCGUAUUUGGCGUCAGGUGGUAGCUGCGCCUUCUUCUUCUUGAGGUAGUUGAGCGUCGCGUUGAAGUUCUUUCGAGGCUCCGUCAUCGAAUCUGGGCAGACCACACCACACCACACCACACACGGGACACGCACACACGUGGGCAAAGGCUUCGCAUAGGCCAUGCAUGGACGCAUCUACCCUCAUCAGCGUAGGUGACUUGUUCGUUGCAGAGCUCCAUCAGGUGAGAGAUGUAAGACACCGUUAUCUGCACCAACGAUAGAUGGGAUGACACAACAGAGAGAGAAAGAGAGAGAGAGAGAGACGUCCAUCCAGGUGUCCAAGGGCCCUUGCUGCCGCUCACGUGGUGGUUUUCCUGCUCGUAGUAGUAAAUGUACUUGUCGAGAAUCUCCACAAACAGCGCCACGUGCGCCGGGGAGGACUGAAUCGCCACAUCUGAUCGAAUCGACACACACCGACAGUGUUUCUCUAAAUGUGUUGAGUUGUGUGUGUCCAGCCUGCCUGUCGACCUGCGAUUUUCAGGGCCUUCUGCAGGCACUCGAGCACUCUCUGGGGGUUGCGCCUUAGUGGCUGCACAGACGCACACACGCACCCGCACAGACAGGGGGUGUAUUUCUUCUGGCUGAGUGGGGGUGCGUUACGUUGUUCCAGAAGAGGUGUGAGCAGACGAGAAUGGCUCUGCACUGGUCGGGCUUCUUGAGCAGCUUGGCGCCGUGCUGAGUGAUGUUGGCCGCCUGAUGGAUGGAUGGAUCAACACACACAUAUGAGGUGUUGGUGUGUGUGUGUGGGUUGACCCUGACUGACCAGUGUGUCGUAGUUGUCGGGCUCGAGGCACGUGACGUGGCUCGACAGAGUGCCAACCAUCAUCAGGAUGCCUGUGGGUGGCACACAGUGAGUGACCUCCACCUCGACCGACCCACCCGUGCGUGUGUGCAUACCUUGGAACUGUGCCCUGCUGUCGGACAGCUCCUCCUCGUAGCACACCAACGCUUGUGUCACGAACUGGCCCAUCCAUCCGAUGCAUAACACAUAACACAAUGAACUGUCAACUGCCCAUCUUACCUCGUAGCAGAUGGGCUCGAAGCUGCCUGGGUUGAUAGCGUCGCACUUGUUGGCCAUCACCGCCGCUUGCAGGAACAGACGGAGGGCUACCUCGGGCGCACACGACACCAGCUCCGUGCAGGUCUGAUGGAGGACAGAUGUAGAUGUCAGAUGGAGACAUGUGUGGUGCACUGCACACCACACCACACCACAUGCCAGCCUCUGGCACGCUCACCCUGUGGACGAACUGGAAGACCUUCUUGAGUGUGUAUGAGGGGGGGGCCACACCCUGACAGACAGACACACAGACAGACAGACAGCGACAAAGGCAAGGCAAACACACGAUGUGAUGCUCUGUUUCCCGCCUGCCUGUCACCUCCCUCCCCACGCACCACACCGACCUCGAUGCCGCUGGCGGCGUCGAUCUCCCUCUGUUGUAUCCGUGGGAUGAGCUGGAGAGCAGCCGCCACAGUGGGGGGGAGGGUGUGCACCAUACGACGGGGACCGCCCUUGCCUAAUCAAUGAAUGAAUACCAUCCAUACAUCCACACACCAACACACCCGGCUGGCUGGCUGGCCUCGUGUGCGCGGCGCUGGCUCAGCUCACCGAAUGCGUUUCUGGCAGUGGUGUACAUGGCGAAGACCUGGUCGGUGUCGUCAUGUCGGAUGGCAUGUAUCAGCCGGCACACCUGCUGCUGCUCAGACGCAAACUCCUCGGCGUCGACCUCCUCGUCCAACGGGCUGUCCUGCACACACAACAGAUACAUACAGACCAUCACGUGUACCACGUCGUGGGGCACGGCGUGUGGUGUCGGUGACCUCUUCGUCUCUGAUGAGUGGUGUGAUGAAGCUGAAAAAUCGCUGCACGGCGUCCGGCUCGUCGAGGGGCGUCCCCGCAGCCAGCACCGUCCGCACCAUCGAUAUCGCAACUGCAUCAAGCAAACAAACACACAACAAACACACACACACACACAUGGACCCCCUCUGCACACCACACCACACCGCACACUGACCCUGUUUCCUGGUACGGAAGUUGAGGAAUUUCAUGAGGUUGGUGUAGUGGUCCAUUUCCAGGAUCGACAGCGACAGCGACUUGAGCGGUGUGGCCAGGAGCUCCACCACGCUGUCCACGCCCUUGCCCUCCAGCUUGCGCUUGGGGCCGCCCUCACCCCCACCUCCCGACGCCUCCUUGUCCUUGCCGUUGGUCGCCACCCCUGGCCCAGACGGGCUGCCGUAGAUGCGCGACAGCAGCGUCACGGUCGAGCCGAGAAUGAGAUCCACAUAGUCCACCUGAGAAGGACACAGACAGACAGACGGUGGGUGGAUGGUGUACGUCUGGUCGUGGUGGUGGGUGUUGGUGUUGGUGUGUGUGUUGCACUCACUCGUUCGGGGUAGAGUGUGAGUGUGAAGGUGAGAAAGGCCACCUGCAGCUCUAACAGACCUGACGGGUCCACCUGAGAACCUGAUCAUGCCACACCAACCAGCCAGCACAUUGCAGUGAUGGAUUCCUUCUAGUGCGGUGUGGCGUACCCCUGUCAGUGGGUCCGUUGAUGGCUGUGGCGCCUGGUGCUGUGGCUGGUGGUGGCGCGGGGACGGGGCGGUCGAUGAGCUCGUUGAGGUGGCGGCGAAACAAACCGAAGAUGUCCACACCCUCGGGCACAGCCUGACGGAUGGGAUGCGACACACACACGCCAUAAGUGUGGCAAUGAAGGGGUGUGUGUGUGUGUGUGUGGCUGCGUACGUCCGGGUUAGCCGAGACGAAGUUGGCAAGCCUCUUCAUCAAAUUCACCAAAAUCGGCUUCAAAUCAACUGACAUAAAGAGAGAGAAAGGCACACAGCACAGCACAGCUCAGCAUAGCGAGAAGUGAACAGCCGGCAAGGAGAGUGGUCUCUCCCCUCGUCUGGUCUGACCCACCUGAGGGCAGGACCCUCAUGCACGCGCUCAGGAACUGGUCCAGCGUGCGAAGAUGGCACUCAUCGCUGAACACUGACAAACACACACACCACACACAGCCACUCGUCAACAGACCGGUCUCCCCCCUCCCCCCCCCCUCUCCCCUCUCCCCUCUCCCCUCUGUGUGCAAGCAAUGGUCAGUCAGUCACCUUGUAUGAUGCAGUCGAGCAGGUACUGCUGCGCCAUGGUGUCCUUGGUGCUCGCCAUCUCCUCCAGUAUCUUGGGGAGCGCCACAUCAGCAUAAAAGUCGCGUGUCAUGCCCUCGAGCUGCGACAGCCGCACCAGGUUGGCCCCCACCAGCACGCGCAGGUCGUGCCUCUCCCUCUCCCGCCGCUGCCGCUCCUUGGCCGAGCCGCUGUGCUGGAUGCGCGCCCACAGCCGGGUGGCCUCGGUGAAAUUCGUCAGCAGGAAGUCGAAGGCGUCAUUCACCGAUCCACCCUCCUCACUGUAUGUACAGUGGGUGACACCCACACCCACAGAGAGAGAGAGAGAGAGGGGUUUCGUGUGUGUGUGUGUGUAGGGAGGGAGGGAGGGAGGGAGGGAGGAGGAGGGUGCUUUGCUUUGCUUACGAUUCGUAUUCGCUGCCGGUGUCCGGUAGUUUGUCCUUGCACAUUUGCGUGAGGUAGUACCUGAGAAAGAGCCCCCUCAUUGGGUGCUGGACGCCCUUGCACAGCUCGGUCAUGUCCUUGAGGAUGUCCUUUGCCGGCGCCUCCUUGCUCUUGAUGUAGCUGGCCCCCACAGUGAUGAGCAGGUACAGACGCGGCAGGAUGUUGCCCGCGUGCUGAACCGACUCGUACAGAUCAGACAUCUUGCGGCUGUGCCUCUGACGUUCCGUAAAAAAGCCAGCCAGGUGCUGCAGCUCCUGAAACACCUGCAUGUCUGCAGCCAGCAGACAGACACACGACAGACACGUGGAGAGAGAGGGGGAGAGGGGAUGUGUGUUGGCCUGUGUGGCCUGUGUUGUGUGUGUCGGAUGGCGCACAGAGGUCAUAGUAGUUCUUGGGCGACAGCAGUGACGUCCGCAGUUCGCAUAUCAUGUUGGAGGCAUGCUUCAAAGCGUCACGAAUGUUCUCAUUGUCCUGACAACCACACAGACACACACACACACACACGCCCACGGCAACACACACACACAGAGAGAGAUCAGAUCUGCCGUCAUGUCCGCUGUUGGUUGUGUGCUUACGAUAGCGCGUUUCAUGUAGAAUGCCUGCUCCUUGACCACCGCAGUGGCCUCAUCCAGGAGCCUCUCCUGCUCCUGCUCCAUCAUCACACGACAGACGGACAGAUGGAUGCCAGAUCAGCUCACUGAUCCGCCCGGCUGAUCGGUUCGCCUGAUGCUUGCGCCCUUCCUCUGAGGCAGCGGGACUUGGAAGGAGCGAGCUUGCGCAGAUCUUUAUGGGCUUGUUGUCUGUCUUAUCAGCCUGUUGACGUCAGUGCUUCUGCCCUUUGUGUGCUGCUGUGUGCCUGUUGCAUGUUAAGGUGCACUGCUACACCC